GAGAAUGACAAUGUCACUACGAGUGCAGCAUUGUAAGUAAUGAGAGCAAAGUAAACAGGAACUGAGUGGAGCUAUACAGGCUGAGACCACCCUGUCCCAACUACAUCCCAUACACGGUCAAAUUACAGGACUAUGGCAGCUGCUUUAACUUCACAAGUAGCUCUGGUUAGAAAAUCUAAUAGACUGCUUUACUCUGUGAGGUCCCGCUUCCACACCAGCAAUGGAUUGUCCUCCAAGGAACAUUAUAAGUUCGUGGUGCUUGGAGGUGGCUGUGGUGGUAUUACGAUGGGUGCCCGUAUGAAAAGGAAAGUUGGCGCAGAGCAUGUGGCUAUUGUGGAGCCCAGCGAGAUGCAUUAUUACCAGCCCAUGUGGACAUUAGUUGGAGCAGGGGCUAAAACUGUUAGUGCGUCUGCACGUUCCACUGCCAGCGUGAUGCCCUCUGGAGUCAAAUGGGUCAAGUCCACAGUCAUGAAGAUUGACCCUAAAAACAACACCGUCUUCACAGAGUAUGGAAAAGAAAUUUCCUAUGACUACCUGAUUGUAGCACUGGGCCUCCAGCUGCAGUAUGAGAAGAUUAAAGGACUUCCAGAAGGUUUUGAACAUCCAAAGAUUGGAUCAAAUUAUACAGUGAAAACAGUAGAGAAGACAUGGAAGGCACUACAGAACUUCAAGGAGGGAAAUGCUGUUUUUUCCUUUCCCAACACUCCUGUGAAGUGUGGAGGAGCUCCUCAGAAGAUCAUGUACCUUUCUGAUUCCUUCAUGAGAAAGACAGGAAAACGGUCAAAAGCCAACAUCAUUUACAACACAUCGUUGCCUGUGUUGUUUGGAGUUAAGAAAUAUGCCGAUUCACUCUGGGAGAUUGUGAAAAAACGUGAUCUGAAUGUAAACCUCAGACACAACCUUAUAGAGGUCCGAGCAGACAAGCAGGAAGCAGUAUUCGAGAACCUUGACAAACCUGGGGAAACAAAGGUUUUUGAGUAUGAGAUGCUCCAUGUUACCCCUCCUAUGGGACCACCACCAGUACUUAAGGGCUCCUCGUUGGAGGAUGAACGCGGCUGGCUUGAUGUAAAUAAAGACACCCUUCAGCACAAGAAGUACACUAAUGUGUUUGGAAUUGGGGACUGCACCAAUCUCCCAACUUCCAAAAGUGCAGCUGCUGUGGCUGGACAAUCAAGUGUCCUUGAUAGGACUAUUACCAAAGUGAUGAAGAAUGAAAAGCCUGAUAAAAAGUACGAUGGCUACACCUCUUGCCCUUUGGUCACCAGCUACAAGACAGUCAUUUUGGCUGAGUUUGACUAUAGUGGACAACCUCUGGAGACCUUCCCAGUAGAUCAGAGCAAAGAAAGCAGAAUCAUGUAUCAUAUGAAAGCUGACAUAAUGCCCCAUCUGUACUGGCAUGGCCUUCUCAAGGGACUUUGGGGAGGUCCAGGACCAUACAGAAAAAUCAUGCACCUUGGGAUGAAAUAGAGGCUGCCAGAAAUCAGUCAAAAGGAAUAGGCCUUGCUUAUAUUAACUCUUACCACAUUCUAUUCAGCUUUUGUGUUAACAUUAUAACCUUCAAACAUAUUAUACACAAUUGGUGUGAAUGUAUGUAAAACAUUUGUGCUAAUUACCACUUUCUUAAAUUAUUUUUAGUUCAGGUAAAUCAGGAUAAACGUGAUGAAUGUUAGACACUGGGUUGAGUUUUUGUUCAGAAAACAGAAAUAGCACAAUAACAUUGCUAUAUAAAGUUGGUUUUGUUUUGUUUUUUUUUUUGUUUUUUUUAACCAAAUGGGUAUUAUUCUGGAAACUUUACACUAUACUUGUUGGUUAUUUAUAGUCUUUUAGAUGACAGUGUAACUAUUUCAUGUGUGAACAUUUAGCUGUUAAUAGUUUUUCAACCAUGUUUUUUUUUUUAUGAAUUUGAGAUGAUUUGGUACUUUAAAACAGCACUGUUGAAUUAUUUAGUCUGGUUGGUCUGAAGGUGUUGAUUAAUUUUCUACAAAUGAAGCUCUGACUGUUGUGCUGGCUGUAAUUGAAAUCACAGGUUUAUAUUAACAUUCUUGUUGUAAUAGGUUUUAUUGUUUCUAUAGUACACCUUACACAGACUUGUAUGACAGACGCGCCACAUAAAAUUUUUUUUUUUUAAACUUGUGUAAUAAUUGAUAUGAGGUUUUCUGUAAGGAGACUGAUCUUUAGCAUUUGUGGAACGAAUCUCCAAUGUCAGAGCUUUGUAACAAUCAGAGAUAAGGCAGUUAUUUUAUUAAGUUCUUGAACAUGUGGAAAAAAUAAAAAAAGAGGCUAGUGAGGGAAUGACUGUUUGUAGCUGUACUGCCAUAUGUGAUAACAGGAACUAACUUGUUUAAACAUAAUAAACUCAUAAAAAGUA